UACAGAAACCAUUGUGCAUCUUUCUUUGGAGUUACACUGGAACAUGCCGGGGCAAGUACCGCGACCAACAUGGAGGCAAAUACUGUUUAAACACUGUAACCAAUUAACGUUUAUAUAGUUAGUUGUCUAAUAGGUUAUUGUGUCUAAGCUUGUUGCGUGGAAGUUGAAACAAUGUUCAUUCUUAAACGCGUGGGGUGCGUUGGAAGCAUCAUGGUCCCUCAAUGCACCUCCCUCUUUGUGGGCAAUUUCUCUGCUUGUCAUUGCCUAAGUUCCCCAAAGAGACACAGCCCGUACAGCUCAGUGGACAGUGAGCGAUACUCCUCUCUUGUUAAGGCUGUCAUGUCAUCCAAGGUCAGUUCCCAAACCCCAGAGAACCUCCAAGAAGAGGACGAGCACAUUUAUGGACCUGUUGUGAAAGCUCAAAAACCCUCCUCGGGACCAGAGGUGAGGGUACCCAAAAGUCUGCAUCCCUUCUUAAACUGCGAAGAGACUGUAGAAACAGAGGAGGCAGAGUCAGGACCUCCAGCCCGGAUUUUGUUGAACCGGGGCAAAGACAGGUCUCCGGUACCCAGUGUGACACGCAUUCUUCAGCAGACCCUUUCCCCAGAGCAGAUCUUCUACCUGGAGAGGUGGAAGAGGAAGAUGAUCGCACAACUUGGAGAAGAAGGCUUCCAAGAGUACAGUCAGAAUUUAUUUAGGCAAGGGAAGCUUUUCCAUUCAGCUGUGGAGGACACUCUGAUGUCAGAUGCAACAAGUAUGGACAAAGAAUCCUCUGAGAAAGCAGAAUACCAACCUGAUGUACAGGGAUACAUGGAGAGCAUCUCCCAUGUUCUGGCAGAUGUGAGUGCAGUGAGAGCCACUGAAAGCACUGUGCAACAUGCCGAGCUCAACUAUCUGGGAAUUAUGGAUUGUGUUGCUCGCUACAGGGGAGUGCUAUGUCUUAUUGACUGGAAGACUUCAGAGAAGCCCAAACCAUUCUUGAGCAACACUUUUGACAAUCCUAUUCAGGUGGCAGCCUACGCCGGGGCUUUGAACAGUGACGGCAACUACAAGUACCAGGUUGAAAAUGGUCUCAUUGUAGUGGCCUAUAAGGAUGGCUCCCCUGCACAUGCUCAUCAGUUGAGCUCAGAGCUAAUGUUGAAGUACUGGACAACUUGGCUGCUUCGUCUCGAAAACUUCACAGAACAAAGGACAAGUCAGGCUUCAAGUUCUUUUGUGGAAAAGAGAUGAGAUUUGUGAAGAGAGAGCAUUUUCUUAAAGCAAGUCCUUUUAUUAUAGCGCCUCUGAUCCUUAACUAAAAAUAUAACAUUGUCCUAUUCAGUAGGUGGGUUAAAUGUGUCAAUGUAAUCAUGACCAAUGACUAUAAUUGGUAUGUUCUUUAAUCAUUUUAGUCAACUUCUUCUUCUUCGAGGUGUUCAUUAAUUAAAUCAUUGAAUCUAAACCAGGCCUCCCUGUGUGAAGGCUCCUGA